GCGCGCGGUAGAGAGCGAGAGCACACCAUGCUAUUCUCCAAUGGCAACGUGCUCCAAGAUUCAAACCUUCGUCUCUCGAUCUCUCACCCGCUCCUGCGCGCGCACUCUCUCCACUCUCGAGACCUUCCGCUACAACCUCAGGAUCGGCGCCCUCGGCCGCGCCGGCGCGCUCGGCGCCGCGCGCCGAGUGUUCGACGAAAUGCCGAGCCGAGACGUGGUCUCCUGGAACGCCAUCCUCACGGCCCAUUGGCAAAACCACGACCUCGGCGGAUCGAUACGACUCUUUGAAUCCAUGCCGCAACGCAACGUCGUCUCCUGGAAUUCAAUUGUUGCUGGUUGCCUCGAGAAUGGCGAGCCCGAGGAGGCGCUACGCUACUUUGAGCGAAUGCCGGAGCGGAACAUAGCUUCGUGGAACGCGAUGAUUUCUGGGUUGAUAAGAUACGAUCGGCUUGACGAAGCUGAGAAGCUGUUUAGGGAGAUGCCCAAUAGGAAUGUGAUUUCCUACACCGCGAUGGUCGACGGGUUCGCGCGGAAUGGGGAGAUAGGGAAGGCGAGAGAGCUGUUCGAUAGAAUGCCUAAGAGGAAUGCGAUAUCGUGGGCGGCGAUGAUAAGCGGGUAUGUGGAGAACGGGAUGUUUGCGGAGGCGAGGCGGUUGUUCGACCAGAUGCAGGAGAAGAAUGUGGCUGCGUACACGGCGAUGAUUACGGGGUAUUGUAAGGAGGGGAAGGUUGAGGAUGCGAGGAAAAUUUUUGAUGAGAUUCGGUUUAAAGAUAUCAUUUCAUGGAAUGCCAUGAUUGCCGGAUAUGCGCACAACGGACAUGGUGAGGAAGCACUGAAACUUCAUGUCAACAUGCAAGAAUUAGGUAUGAAACCGGAUCACGCGACCCUCAUUUCGAUCUUGAUAGCAUGUUCUUGUCUUGCUUGGCUUCAACAAGGGCGACUAACCCACGCAAUUGCAAUCAAGACCAGACUAGAAUCUAACGUUUCGUUGUGUAAUGCGUUGAUGACGAUGUAUAGCAAAUGUGGCAGCAUCAACGAAUCAGAAUUACUCUUCGAAUAUCUCAAAAACCGAGACAUAGUCUCAUGGAACACCAUAAUUGCAGCUUAUUCACAGCACGGGCGCUAUCUGAAAGUUCUAUCGCUAUUUCAUGACAUGGAAGCAACCGGGUUUAAACCGAACGGCAUCACCUUCCUCAGUGUCUUAUCUGCUUGUGGGCAUGUUGGAAAGGUAGAAUUGAGCUUAAAAAUGUUCGAUAUGAUGCUAACGAAGCACGGAAUAUCCCCACAAGCUGAACAUUAUUCUUGUUUAGUGGAUAUGCUUAGUCGAGCGGGAGAAUUUGAGAAGGCUUGUGAUUAUAUCAAAGAGAUGCCAUGUAAAGCUGAGAAUGCUGUGUGGGGUGCUUUACUUGGAGCUUGUCAAAUGUAUCCAAAUGUGGAGUUAGGGGAAUUGGCCGCGAAGAGGCUUGUCCAGUUGGACUCUCGAAACUCGGGGGCCUAUGUAUUGCUAUCAAACAUAUAUGCUGCUAGUGGAAUGUGGGGGGAGGUGACUAGGAUUAGGGGUUUAAUGAAGGAGCAAGGAGUGAAGAAGCAACCAGGGUACAGUUGGACCGAGGUUGCUAACGAAGUUCAUCUGUUCUUGGGAGGAGAUGCAUCUCAUCCAGAGAUUGUUAGGGUUAAAUCGGAGCUUCAAAGAAUCAGUUUGCAUAUGAAAACGGCUAGCGAUGAUGAUGAAGCCACCGAUGAGUAAAUUGACCCUUUUGAUUGGAUAUUUCUUCCCCUAGAGGGAGAAAUUUUAUCAGGCAGAUGGUUCUGAGCAACUUCAUACAGUAGCUUGAACUUUCAGACAAUCACUGGGGUGGUGAAGAAAGAUAUAUGAUGACAGGUUUUGAUCAGAACUCCGAUAUUUCUCUUCAAAAUGGAGGGAAAAAAUAUAGUGCUUAAAUGAUUUCCUUUUACCCUAUCAGUGUUCCCCAAAAGCACUCAGUUACGCUGCAAGUAUUGAAGAUUGAGAUAGUUUCUCAAUUUUCCUCAAAAGCUAUCUAUGAUUGUGCACCCUGCACAUGUAAUUUAACAACUUCCCUGGAGUUAAUAUUUUUUCGCAAUCUUACUCAAAA